GAGCCGUUGGUGGGUUGUCGCAACCGAACCAGGCGCAUCUGGUCGGCUCUUCAGUGUCGGGUGGAGUCCACAUCUCGUCGCAUCUCAGCGGAGAACCUUCCCACCUCAGCCUCAUUUUCUUCCCUCCUUAUUGACACCCUGUCGCCGAGAAGACACCGAAUUCCUCCUUGAAGAUGACGACGACCACCACCUUCCAGGGCGUGGAGCCCGGCGCGAAGAGCAGUUCCAGGGUGCUGCGGCCACCGGGUGGGGCCUCCAGUUUCAGCUUCGGCACAGACGAGGAGUCGACCCCUCAACGCAAGAACAAGAUGGCCUCCAGUAUCUUCGCAGAGCCCGAGGACCCUCAUGCUCACCGCAGGAACAAUCCACCCAGUCUCACAGGUGGAGCCGCAGCAGGGACCCUGUGUGGGGAGCCGUCGGCCCCCCUGCGGCGGUGCCAGCAGCCCAUUCUCUUCCCCAAGAACCCUCAGCCGGAGCUGACCACCAUCCACAACUCUGGGGCGGCGCUUGUCUGGAGCCAGAGACGAGAGGAGGAGAACGGCCAGGAACAAGCCAACGAUGAGUGUCCUGACAACGGGGACGAGGAGCAGCAGCAGGAGACGCCACAGCCGUCCGCCCCGUCGGGAAGUGCCAACAACGCCUCGGGCGGCCGGAGAAACCCCCCCGGCGGGAAGUCCAGCCUCAUCCUGGGUUGAAGCCACUCUCUGUCCAUCCGAACACUUUUUUUAUUUUUUAAAAGAUGAAUACCCAGCCACUCUCACUCUCUCCUCUGCCCUUCCUCCCUCCCACCCCUCUUUAUCUCUGUCCGUUCUUCACUCCUGUCGUCACGUCCGUGGAUCCUCCCCGUCCUCUCUGCCCCGCCCCUUUUGUUUCAACCCUUAUUUUCUAUUAAAAGGAGAAAAAAACAUUGACAAAAGCACUUUAUGUAUCUGUCUCCCUCCCCACCCCUGUCCGCCUCACCCUCCCUCCCCCUUCUGUAGAGCAUCUCGCCUGCUGGCAAAAGCAGGACUUCAGUUUGUCUCUCAUGUCCCCUGAUGUGAAUGGAAAAAUAUUCAAACAUUGAUGCGUGGAUUUCUAAAUACAAAUAAAGAUUGAUAUGAAGUUCCUGGCUUCGAC